CCAGAAAAAAUGCAAAGUUCUACAGUCCCAAGGAAUCUAUCAUAUACGCCAGUACCAACGGUGUCAACGUCUCCCUGAUUGGUGGCAACGACAGUAACGACAGCGGCAUCGCGAACAAACCGCUCCCAGCUAAACGGAAACAUGUGGGAGCUAUCAGUGUUAUGUGCCGGCACUACACGUCGUGGGGAACAUGGUCACACUGCACGUGGCGAUGUGAGCAGUUCCGAACAAGAACCUGCCGGGAACCAGCCUUCUGUGGUAACACCACCAUUAAGGUCAAACGCCAUUGCAAGAAGCGCAACAAAAAUUGCAGUUUCCUGUCGUACAAGGUGGUUACUCCGCUGAAACGGGCCAAAUACGUGCAGAACAUCAUCAUGACCAACUUCUAUAACAAGUGGUCACCGUGGUCAACAUGCAGCCGGGACUGCAAGCAACGGCGCAAGAGGCAGUGUCGCACCCGUCUAGAGAAGUUCUGCCACCAAAGUUACAUACAACAGACGCGCAGAUGUCGACCGCCAAGUGGCGUCUGUAACAAGAAGUAUACGCUGUCCGUGAUGACCGCUGACCAGUUUUCGUCCAGCAAGAAAGGAGAAACCAGUAACCGGCAAUCCGGCGCAGUGUCCAACUGCAGUGACUAUCUUCCAUCUCCUGAAAGAUGCGGUACCCGACCAUCUGGAUCUCAGAGGAACUAUAGAAUUAUCGGUGGCUUUGAGGUCAGGCGCAAUAGCUGGCCUUGGCAGGUUGCUAUUCUGACCCGUUCCAAGAAGCAGUACUGUGGCGGCACUUUGAUCUCUCCUCAGUGGGUUCUGACAGCGGCACACUGCAUCCGGAAGCGAGGCAAGAAGCGCAAAGUGAUUGUGCGUGUCGGAGAGCAUGACUUGCGUACUGCAAAUAAUGGUGGCAGAGGUGGCGAGAUCAACCUGAUCCUGGAGAAAGACUUCCCCCACCCGAAAUUCGACUUCCAUACCAUUUCUAAUGACAUUGCUCUACUGAAACUAAAGAGACCUGUGCGUCAGAGCCACACUGUUGGGUUUGCCUGUCUGCCAGGCAAGAAGCAGGAGCUACGUGCUGACACCAUCUGUAACAUCAUUGGUUGGGGCAAAGUGAAUGGUGCACACCAACAUGGUGCCAGGGUCCUCCAUGAAGCCGAGGUACCAAUCGUAGACCGGAACAGAUGCCAGAAAGCAUUCACUUACCCAAUCACUGGCGAUCAGAUCUGUGCUGGUUUCAAAGAGGGAGGAGUAGACUCAUGUGGUGGUGACAGCGGGGGACCAUUGAUUUGUGCUGUACAAGCAAACAGCACCACCCUCUGGUAUGUAUAUGGCAUCACCAGUUAUGGAGAGGGCUGUGGACAGAAGAGCAAAUAUGGUGUCUACACAGAUGUGCGCAAAUAUCUAAAAUGGAUUUACAGAACAAUCGGUAACAACUGUACCAGGCGACCUUAGACAUUGGACCCUUAGUGCCCUAGUUUGAUAGUCCAGUAGACUGGUAGGGGUCCAAAUAAAUGGGGUGAGAAGAUGUUGGGUGAAAGACUUUGGGGAUCUGUCAUUUGUUAAAAUGACCUUACAUUGAACAGUUAAUACAUUGGUCUUGUUGGUCAGCGAUCAGCAACAAGCAAACAACAUAUAUAUGUAUAUAUACA